AUGGCUUGCACUGACACACAGUACCGGUACCUGCUUACGGCUUGCACUGACACACAGUACUGGUACCUGCUUACGACUUGCACUGACACACAGUACCGGUACCUGCUUACGGCUUGCACUAAUGCACAGUACCGGUACCUGCUUACGGCUUGCACUGACGCACAGUACCGGUACCUGCUUACGGCUUGCACUGACACACAGUACUGGUACCUGCUUACGGCUUGCACUGACACACAGUACCGGUACCUGCUUACGGCUUGCACUAAUGCACAGUACCGGUGCCUGCUUACGGCUUGCACUGACGCACAGUACCGUAAUUCGCUUUUUCACGUUUGCACUGACGCACAGUACCGGUACCUGCUUACGGCUUGCACUGACGCACAGUACACGCACAGUACCGGUACCUGCUUACGGCUUGCACUGACGCACAGUACCGGUACCUGCUUACGGCUUGCACUGACACACAGUACCGGUACCUGCUUACGGCUUGCACUGACGCACAGUACCGGUACCUGCUUACGGCUUGCACUGACACACAGUACCGGUACCUGCUUACGGCUUGCACUGACGCACAGUACCGGUACCUGCUUACGGCUUGCACUAAUGCACAGUACCGGUGCCUGCUUACGGCUUGCACUGACGCACAGUACCGGUACCUGCUUACGGCUUGCACUAAUGCACAGUACCGGUACCUGCUUACGGCUUGCACUGACGCACAGUACCGGUACCUGCUUAUGGUUCGCACUGACGCACAGUACCGGUACCUGCUUACGGCUUGCACUGACGCACAGUACCGGUACCUGCUUACGGCUUGCACUUAUGCACAGUACCGGUACCUGCUUACGGCUUGCACUGACGCACAGUACCGGUACCUGCUUACGGCUUGCACUGACACAGUUGCUACUUGCACUGACGCACAGUACCGGGGCUUGCUUACGCACGACUUGCCUGCUUACGGCUUGCACUGACACAGUACCGGUACCUGCUUACGGCUUGCACUGACGCACAGUACCGGUACCUGCUUACGGCUUGCACUGACGCACAGUACCGGUACCUGCUUACGGCUUGCACUGACACACAGUACCGGUACCUGCUUACGGCUUGCACUGACGCACAGUACCGGUACCUGCUUACGGCUUGCACUGACGCACAGUACCGGUACCUGCUUACGGCUUGCACUAAUGCACAGUACCGGUACCUGCUUAUGGUUCGCACUGAUGCACAGUACCGGUACCUGCUUAUGGUUCGCACUGAUGCACAGUACUGGUACCUGCUUAUUGCUUGGAAUAGUAAUUAG